UUUUACACAUCAACCAACGAUCAUCAUCACCAUCACCAUCACCAUCACCGCUACCUCUCCUUUUCCUGAAAACAUAACCUAUUUUAUCUGUUCUUCUAUCCAGCAUUAAUUCAAAUGGGUAGCCUAGAUUUGAACUACGAUGACGAGUCUUUCUCAUCUCGCCGCCAGUUCAAACCCUUAGACCCCGAAGAAUUCCGCAAACAAGCCCAUCAAAUGGUCGACUUCAUUGUUGAUUACUACCAAAAAAUAGAAUCCUACCCAGUUCUCAGCCAAGUCCAACCUGGAUAUCUCCGUACCCGCAUCCCACAAACCGCACCGUAUAGUCCCGAAUCAUUGGAAACCAUUUUCACCGACAUUGCCAGUGAUAUAAUCCCUGGGAUGACUCACUGGUUAAGCCCAAACUUUUUCGCAUUCUUUCCUGCCACCGUCAGCACAGCUGCUUUUCUUGGAGAAAUGCUGUCUACUUGUUUUAACUCGGUGGGAUUCAAUUGGCUGGCUUCUCCGGCAGCCACCGAGCUCGAGAUGGUCGUCAUGGACUGGCUUGCUAACAUGCUCAAACUUCCCAAAUCUUUCAUGUUUUCGGGCACCGGAGGUGGUGUCAUCCAGAGCACCACCAGCGAAUCUGUCCUCGUCACGCUCAUUGCCGCCAGAGACCGUGCUCUCGAUAAAAUUGGAGCCGAGAACAUGAAGAAGCUCGUCGUCUACGGCUCCGACCAAACCCAUUCCAUGUUUGUCAAGGCCUCCAAGCUAGCCGGUAUACACCCUUCCAACAUAAGGUCCAUCCCCACAAACCUCCAUAACGAGUUUUCAUUAUGCCCGGCUGUACUCCGUAAUGUUGUGGAAGCUGACGUGGCAGAGGGAUUGGUCCCACUCUAUCUCUGUGCCACCGUGGGAACCACUUCCACCACAGCCAUCGACCCCGUGCAGCCACUUGCCGAAGUGGCAAACGAUCACGGCAUGUGGAUUCACGUGGAUGCGGCUUACGCUGGAAGCGCUUGUAUCUGUCCCGAGUUCAGGCACUACUUGAACGGGGUCGAGCGGGUUGACUCACUGAGUCUAAGCCCGCAUAAGUGGCUGCUCAGUUACUUGGAUUGUUGCUGUUUGUGGGUGAAGCGGCCGGGUAUUUUGGUCAAAGCGCUGAGCACAAAUCCGGAGUAUUUGAGAAACAAACCCAGCGACUCAGACGCAGUGGUGGAUUUCAAAGACUGGCAAGUGGGUACGGGUCGGAAAUUCAAGUCGCUCAGACUGUGGAUGGUACUGAGGAGCUGCGGCAUUGCGAACCUUCAGAACCACAUUCGGUCGGAUAUCCGAAUGGCCAAAAUGUUCGAGAGGUUGGUGAAAUUGGACCCCAGGUUCGAGAUCGUGACUCCCAGACGGUUUGCGUUGGUUUGUUUUCGAUUAAACCCGUUUCCAUCAAGCAAUGCCGAACGCACGGAGUUAAUGAAUAGGAAACUACUGGAAUGGAUAAACUCGAGCGGUCAGAUUUAUGUCUCGCACACAAUAGUUGGUGGGGUUUAUAUGUUGAGGUUUGCAAUUGGAGCCACGCUUACUGAAGAGCGUCACGUGGUUGCGGCGUGGACGUUGAUCAGGAAUGGAGCUGAAGAAUUGCUCAAGGGACUUGUUAUAUAAUAUAUUCAAUGCAUGGGUUUGGAAUAACAAGGAAACAAAAUGUAUGUAUCUGAAUUUGAUUGGAAUAGAUAUUUAUGAUUAUUAUGGAA